UGGCUAAAACUCAGCAGUCACUGAACAAAAUUCGUAGCGAACAUUUCGGCAACAGUUUUUGGUAACGGUAUCGAUUGGUACUAAAUUGUCAGCAGGAGCAGCAACAGCAGCAGCACCAGGAGGAUAGGAGCAUGCCGCUGGGCAGAAAGUUGGCCAUUGGCUCAGAGGAGGCGCGCCGACAACGCGCCGAGCUGCGCACCAGCUAUGGCAACAAGCUAUCCAAUAUGAAUUUGGGCCGAAUGCGCAGUCGUUCCAAUCCCGUUAACACGGAUGCCAAUCCCUUUCAAUCCGCAGCCUCGGCCUUGCCCGGUAACACGGCGUCGUCAACAUCAUCAUUGCGACGCAUUGCCUCCAGUUUUGCGCACGUCAGCGAUUUGGAUUGCGGUCGAUGUGCGGCACUGCCGCACGAAGAUUCCGAGGAGGAUGCGCGCGAGGAGCGCGCCGAGGUCCUCAUACGCAGCGAGCCAUUUAAAGCGCUUGCCGGAGCGGCCAGAGCGACGGCAGCUGCAGCAACAACAACGGCGGCAUCUGCCCAAUACGCACGCGCGUCUGCCAGCCAAAAUGCCAUGGCCAGCGGGCCGGCCAGCGGGGAGCGGCGGAAUCAUUAUCUCUGCGCCGACGUGAUGCAGUCGCGGGCUAGCGAGCGUUGGGGUCAAAUUGCGGGCACCGUGUCGACCCUGUUCCGUGUGCGACGCAUCUCCACGGCGAAUCCGUUGUCGGAGCUGCGGCGCUUGAGGGAGCAGCGCGAUCUGCUGGAGGCUUUCACGCGUCCAUUCCUCUAUGAGGACAAUGUGCAGCGCAAAUAGAAUUUGGCGACCAACAUGACUUAGCGAUGCUGUGACUCCCAAUUUCACCAGCCAGCAACAAAAACAACAACAACAAUAACAAUAAUAAUAACAACUACAACUACAACUACAACAACAACAGCAACAGUAGCCCCGGCAAUACCAAUAUUCAUAUAUCUAUAUAUAUAUAUGUAUAUAUAUAUAUACACCCAUAAAGAACAACUCCGCUUGAUUCACAUUCACAUUCAUACAUACAUAUAUAUAUAUAAAUACAAAUAUAUUUAUUUUUAUAUAUAUACGUACAUAUGUAUGCAUAUACAUAUAUAUAUUCGUAUUCAAAUGCAGCUAUUCAGUUACAAAAUACUCAAAACUCGCAACUUCUUUCGUUUCGUUUCGUUUCGUUUCUUUUCAUCUUCCAUCUCCUUUCUGGCAAUUGGGCAGCACAGCUAAUUGGUAUACCGUUCUCUCUCCCUCUCUUCUUCUCUUCCUCUCCCUCUCUGUGUGUUUUGCAUAUGUUUUGUCUCGUUCUAAAAGCAACGGCAUCUGUCGCGCGGGCAUUCCGAUUUAUAAUUGAGGCACUCGUCCAUGCAGUAUGUAUCCGCGCCCUCGCGUCCCUCCAGCUCGCCAAUGGCCACGCACUCCUGACUGUAUGCAACAAGGGAGUGCGCAUGAGUAAAUUAAAAGGACUGAAAAAUAUAUAUGUAAAGUGAGGUUAUGUUGUACUUACGGACAAUGGCAUGCGGUCUCGGGACAAUUGGGCGGAUAGCGCAAACAGUUGAUCUCACACCAGUAAUCAAUGCCGGGCAGCGAGCGGAAGGGCGGCGCACCAAUGCACUUUUGAUCGCUGCAAAGUUUACGGAUACAGUGAGAAACGAGGAGGGAGGAAGAAAAAGUGUUUACAACAAAAUAUUAGGCCGCAUGUUAUUGUAAAAAUAAGAAAGAAGGAACUAUGACUAUAUAUCAAAAAUUAUCUCUACAUCCAAGCUGAUUGACAGAUUGAUUUGAUUGAUGAUCAACGAACUUAAGUCACCAUUUGGAAAAUUUCUUCCGUAUAAUGGAAAGAAAGUAAUCCAUUAGAACUAAAACUAUAUCAAAAUAGAUCUAUACAUCUAAGCAGAUUGAUUGAUUGAAGGUGAAUGCAGAGCCCGAGCCGUAAGAUCUUGACAGCUGCAUUUUUUACCUUUUAGAAUAUUCCACCCGUAAUAAUGGAAAGUAAAUAAUCCAUAAGGACUAAAACGAAAUCAAAAAUUAUCUAUACAUCGAAGCGGCUUGACUGAUUGAUAUGCUCACUGUCUGAUUAACUGAACUGUGUAACCAAUUGGAAAAUUCCCCCUGUAAUAUUGGAAAAUAUGCGGAAGACUUUGGUAUACAACGCAUUUUCUCUAAAUAGUCAGGAGCACCUUACACAAACGCAAAUGCACUCCCGACUAGAUCAAUAAUACAGUUUGUUAGUUCUGGUUUGGCCGCUAGCAGGCCGAGCUGAGAAUUUCAAGCACAAUUAUUCCAAAAUCUUAAAUGUUUCUGUGUUCAUCUAGCCACAAAGUUUCCAAAUUCCAUGAAUCAGUUCAUAUAUAAGUGGUAUCUGCGACUGUUGUAGCAGCCAUGCCGUUGAAGCGCUAUGUGAAUGAGUUCAAGAAGCAGGAGGAGCGUCGUCGCCUCUUGGCCGAAUUGCGGAUUGUUUAUGGCAAUGCGCUUUCCGACUCAAAUCUGAGGCGAUCGAAACCAAAAUUUCAUGCUGGACCUGUUAGCAGCAUCUAUCCAUUUGGCCGGAUCAAGCCCAAUAGCUGUCAGAUCUCCAACAUUUACAACACCAAGCGGCGGUCAAGGCCCCUGGUGAGGUGCAUGCCGAAGAUGAAUAACAAUAUGUCAGCUUGGGCUUGUACCGCCGAGAAUACCAAUAUUAUAUCCAGACGCUACGAGAUGCUGCAGCGUCAGGCCCUUCGACAUGCCCGGUUCAUGGGGCAUCAGAAUCACAACAAACGGACGGAGAGUGCAAUGCAUAAAAGAAACAAAUUUUAUUUGUAAAUAAAUAGUAAUAUCGAUGGCUCAGAA